UAAAAUCCACCUGCCUGCGGUCGAAAUGAGGCAGCACAAACUGGCAGCAUACCCUGUUCAUCUUAUCCUGAGCUAAGAUAUUCUCCCAGACCGGUGAUAACAGACAGCAGCAUGGUUUACCAUCCUGAGUUUGAGAAGGCCGGGCAGCAGCCUGGUCUGCAGGUCUGGAGGAUUGAGAAAAUGGACCUGGUGUCCGUCCCAGAGAACCUGUAUGGAAGUUUCUACACUGGGGACACGUACAUCAUCCUCAACACCAUUAAGCAGCAUUUGGGAAAUCUACAGUAUGACCUCCACUUCUGGCAGGGCAGUAAGUGCACAACAGAUGAGAGUGCUGCAGCUGCCAUUUUUACUGUACAAAUGGAUGAUUUUCUCGGGGGAUCGCCUGUGCAGUAUCGAGAGGUCCAGGGUUAUGAAUCAAAAACUUUUGUGGGUUACUUCAAAUCAGGGAUGAAGUAUAUGCAAGGUGGAGUGGCCUCAGGCUUCAGACAUGUGACCGGCGAUGAAGAGGGGAGACAAAGAGUCCUUCAUGUAACAGGCAGACGAAUAGUGAGGGCCACUGAGGUUCCUGUGAGCUGGGACAGCUUCAACAAAGGGGACUGUUUCAUCCUGGAUCUGGGAGAGGAACUGUACCAGUGGUGCGGGUCCAAAAGUAAUCACUUUGAGAGGUUGAAAGCCACCAAUAUCUCCAAAACUAUUCGUGACAAUGAGCGACGUGGAAGAGCAAAGCUCCAUGUAUGUGAAGAGGGGGCGGAGCCUGACAAGAUGCUGGAGAUUCUUGGACCAAAGCCUGAGCUUCCUGAUACAGACUGUGAUGACACUGAAAUCGAUGCAUCAAAUCGCAAGAUGGCCAAGUUAUAUAAGGUGUCAGACGCCAGCGGAGACAUGUCCGUCACCCUGAUAGCAGGAGAGAACCCGUUCUUCCAGAAUGCACUCGAGUCUUCGGACUGUUUCAUCCUGGACCAUGGCUCCAAUGGCAAGAUCUUCUUCUGGAAAGGUAAAGGUGCCAAUCCAGAGGAGCGGAGUGCAGGGAUGAAGGCUGCUGAGGAAUUUAUUCAGAAGAUGGGCUACCCAAAACACACGCAGGUCCAGAUCCUGCCUGAAAAUGGAGAGACCCCUCUAUUCAAGCAGUUCUUUAAGGUUUGGCGGGAUGUGGCCCAGACAGAUGGGAUGGGCACAGCAUAUGUGCCUAACAAGAUCGCCAAGAUUGAGAAAGUGCCCUUUGACGCCUCUACGCUGCAUGACUCCAGUGCUAUGGCUGCUCAGCAUGGGAUGGUGGACAAGGGGGAUGGUGAGAAAAAGAUUUGGCGGAUUGAGGGCUCAGAUAAGGUGGACGUCGACCCCUCCAACUAUGGGCAGUUCUAUGGCGGAGACAGUUAUAUUAUCCAGUAUAGCUACCAGCAUGGAGGGCGCCAUGGCCAGAUUAUCUACAUUUGGCAGGGAGAACUUUCCAGCCAAGAUGAAAAAGGCGCGUCUUCUAUUCUGGCCGCUCAGCUGGAUGAGGAGUUGGGUGGAGGAGCAGUGCAGGUACGAGUGGUUCAAGGUAAAGAACCUCCCCACCUCAUGAGUGUUUUUGGAGAAAAGCCAAUAGUGGUGUACAAGGGUGGGACUUCCAGACAAGGUGGCCAAUCAGAGGCUGCAGAGAUCCGUCUCUUCCAAGUGCGCUCCAGCACUGCAGGGCAUACACGAGCUGUUGAGGUGGAUGCAGUGGCCUCCAAUCUAAACUCCAAUGAUGCCUUCAUUUUGGUGAACCCAUCAGGUUCAGUGCUGUGGGUCGGUAAAGGCACCAGUGAUGCUGAGAAGCAUGGAGCUAAGCAGCUUAGUGAAAUCUUACAGGUGGAGGUUUCUGAAGUGGUAGAGGGUGAAGAGGGAGAUACCUUCUGGGAAGCUCUGGGAGGGAAAACAGAGUAUCGCACCUCUGAAAGGCUGAAGAGCAAAAUGGACUCUCAUCCUCCACGUCUGUUUGCUUGCUCUAACAAAACCGGACAAUUCCGUAUUGAGGAAGUGCCAGGGGAGAUGACGCAAGAGGAUCUGGCCCCGGAUGACGUCAUGCUCCUGGACACUUGGGACCAGGUCUUUGUAUGGAUUGGAAAAGAAGCCAAUGAAGAAGAGAAAACGGAGGCAGUUACAUCAGCUGCCCGAUACAUUGAAACACACCCUGCUGUCAGGGACAAGAGGACCCCUAUUGUGAAGAUAAUGCAGGGCUUUGAGCCUCCAACCUUUACUGGAUGGUUCCUAGGGUGGGAUCAUGAGUACUGGAACAGUGGCCCACUAGAACGAGCUAUGGCUGCUCUAGAACACUGAACCUACCAACUUCACAAUGACAGUAUCAGACAGUUGUGUCUGAAUGUAAUUAAUCAGAUUCAGUGUACUGAUCGAACUGCAUUAAACAUGAUGAAACCA